CAAAAACUUACUUUUUUUAGUUUGGACGACGACGGUCUAAAUACAUGGUUUACAUUGAUCUGUUAGGAAUCUAAUCGUUAACGACCUAAAAAAAGACAGCAACAUGGCUUCUAUUGCAAAGUUAAAGUUUCCUGUAGUGGUUUUAAUACUACAGGCUAUAUUUAUCGUUUUGUUUGCGUUGACAGUGGAGUAUGAUAGCAGUGCGGAUUCUAAAUAUGGAUCUACAACUUUACGGAACAUCUCUAAAAUUAUACCAGGAGACAAUAUGGUUACUAAAUACUAUCCAAUGUUUCAAGAUGUUCAUGUUAUGAUCUUUGUUGGUUUCGGGUUUCUCAUGACCUUUCUUAAGCGAUAUGGUUUCAGUGCCGUUGGUAUUAAUAUGUUGAUAGCAGCUAUCGUCCUGCAGUGGGCUACCCUAGUUCAAGGUUAUCUACAUGCACAUGGCAAGGUUCACAUCAGUCUUACAAGUAUGAUCACGGCAGAUUUCGGUGCUGCAACAGUAUUAAUAACAUUUGGUGCUGUAUUGGGUAAAGUCAGUCCUAUUCAGAUGGUGUUUGUGGCUAUGCUAGAAGUUGUUUUUUCCUCAACUAACGAAUGGAUAGGUCUUACAUAUUUUAAGGUUUCUGAUGUUGGAGGAUCUAUUUUUCUUCACGCUUUUGGAGCAUUUUUUGGAUUAGCCAUGGCUAGAGUGUUAUACAAUGAAGAUGUCGAGCACUCAACAAAAGAAGGAUCUGUUUAUCAUUCCGAUAUAUUCUCUAUGGUUGGUACAAUAUUUCUAUGGUUGUUUUGGCCAAGUUUUAAUAGUGCUUUGGCAGUAGGUGAUGCUCAACAACGAGCUGUUUUAAAUACAUACAUGGCUCUAGCAUCGUGCUGUGUUGUCACUUUCGCCAUUUCAUCCCUUGUCGAUAAAAAUAGAAAAUUUGACAUGGUCCACAUACAGAAUGCUACACUAGCAGGAGGUGUCGCUGUGGGUACCAGUGCUGAUAUGAUGAUACAGCCAGCGGGUGCUUUAGCAGUUGGCGCUGUAGCGGCUAUAUUAUCUACGUGUGGUUAUAAAUACGUUACGCCAUUUCUCAGCAGCAAAUUAAAGCUGCACGAUACAUGCGGUGUGAAUAAUCUACAUGGGAUGCCAGCUGUAAUGGCGGCUGUUGUUGGUUCUAUAGCUUCAGCAUUAGCUACCAAAGACGUUUAUGGCUAUGGUCUAUAUCAGAAGUUUCCAGCUAUGACACCUAAAGAAGGAACCCCAGAGUUAGCAAUGAUACAGGGUUAUGUGGACGUGGAAGCUGGUGAUGGUAGAACUGCUGGGGAACAAGCUGGUUACCAGAUGUUAGCUUUAGUUGUUACAUUAGCCAUAGCUAUUGUUACUGGUAUCGUAACAGGUGUAAUAAUUAAGUUCGUCCCCAAUCUCUCUAGACCACAAAGGAGCCAGCUGUUUGAGGAUGAAAUGUUUUGGAGUGUACCAGAAGAUCACAGAAUCAAACCUAAUAUUCCCAUUAUAAUUACUCCCGAUGACGACAGUACUCGCGGAUCCCAGCCCAACUUACACCAGCACACUAAGGCUCCCUUGUUGAUUCAAGAAGCUGUAGAGAUUGCGCUGGAGAGUCGAAAAUCUUCAAGUUCGUCUUCGUCAGAUAAUGAAAAGGACAAGCAUAAGGAGGAUACAAAUGGCAAAACAAAAAAAAUAAACGAUGUCGAAUCUGUUUAACUAUUAUCUCAUGUCUAGGAACGACAUUGUUUCAAAUCGAAAUCUUCCAUUUCUAGGGUACUGGAUUUUAAAUAAAGGCCUACAUUUUGGUAAUGUUAAGGUGAAAUACAAGAACUAGAUUUAAAGUUUUAAACUGACUUCGUCAAUGGUCAUGGCACAGUUCAUGUACCAGUAUUGUUUGUUCGUUUGAAAGUCUAUUUUAGAUAAAACUGCGAUUUGAUCGUUCAGAUCAACGGGCUAUAGAAUGAGCCGUUCUUUCUACCACAACUUGCUACUGUGCGAUAACUUUAGGGAGGCAAAGUAUUUCAUUAUAUGUUUAAAUGAAGUUGGCAUUAGAAUUAUGUUUUAUGUAUUUUUUUUUCUAUUUUGUUGGAAUAAAAAAAAUCUUGUUUGAGUGAGAAUAAUAGAUAAUGAUAUGUCACAAUGAAUCGAAUACCUCGUAAUCCAUUUGAUUAUGUUCAAUCAAAGUCGUCGCAAAAAGUGGUACUAAUCCUGUCGGCAUGUUUGUGUAACGUUUGUGGAUUAUCCCCCUUUGUUACACUUGUUAUCAUUCAGAACACUUCUGGAUAUCAGUAUUAUUCCUAGCAUGUAUCAUGGUGCCUUUGUAGUUGUAUUAAACCGCGAGUCCCAAUAGAACUUGUCUAAUGACAUGCAAUUAUCAACUCAAACUAUAUCUUACAUGGAAUUCGCUAGGAUCUAAAGGCGGUGUAUGUAACGAUAUUAAAACGGAAUUCUCAAUAGAACUUGUCUAAUGACAUUCAAUUGUCAACUCAAACUGUAUCUUACCCAGGUUGAAAUUCGGUAGGAUCUAAAGGCGGUGUAUGUAACGAUAUUAAAACGGUCAAAAUUAUCCUGCAUGGCAGCUGGUAGGUACUAGGUUCAUUAUAAAUUGGUAUUAGUGUGAAUGAGAUGUUUCCCCCAGUAUAGAUGCCUUAAUGGUUGUUCCAUUCUUGUAACCCAGUCAUUUUCACGUUGGUAGCUAGUAGCUUCACUAACGUACAUUAGGUACGACAAUAAUAAGAUGAUUUAUACUUGUUUGAAUCAACAAAAUGUGAUAAAACUACACUGAACAUGUCUUGUGCGUCCAACCCCAAUAUUUAUAAGCAAAUAAAAGGCAAGACAAAUGGACAUUGUACCAAAAUACCGCAUACAAUGGAAAAACGACUUUGUUUGAAGCAGGACGAAAUACACAGUGUAUACUUUCUUUUGGACAUUAGUAUAGUUUCAAUCUAUAUUGAAGCUUGUGUCACAAAUGAUUAAAUGCGCUAUCGUGAGACCUUUGGUACUUGCGUAUGUUCCCUUUAGGAAGUCCACUUAGUAGUUUGUCACUUUCAUUGCCCAUCAACAUCAAUGGUACUACAUUUUAUUUUAGCCUAUGUACAAGAACGUAACAAGCUUAAACAAUAUAGGUGUUAAAUGCCAAUAAAUUAUGCCCUUUAUAUAAACCCAUUUUAGAAGUAAUUUUGGGGCCACUUUUCUGUUAGAGCCCCUGUCGACAACCCUGACAGCACCCCUGUUAAUCCGAAUCUGUGCUAGGUAUUCAUUAAUGUGGUUUUAUAAUCUCUUCAAAUUAUAUACAGUACCAUUAUUUGAGCCGUUUUAAUAAAUUUACGGCAAUAGUAGCUUGAAAUCCAUACCAAAAUAUUAUAAUCUUGUGAUUAUUUCAUUCAUUCAUGCAUUUAAUUUUCUAUAUUUGUUACUCGAAUCAGAAUGCCUGUGACACACACAACGUUCAAGGACGCAUAAUGUAGGAGCUAAAUCUGUCUAUUGCAGGUCUUUAUUUUUUCUUCAAAUGUUAUACAAACUAUUAUUUAAACCAGUGGUUCUCAAUCCCUUUUUGCCAACGGCACACCUUGGAACACGUGGAAAAAUAGCGACACACCAGGCUAAAUGUAUAUAAAAAAUAUUUGAAUUUUGCAAAAUAAAAACAUGGCAUACAACCGUCAGACUAGUCAUCGACCUAUAGAAGGACUCAAAUUAAAUAAAGAAAACCACAGCUAUUAACUUACUCUAUUGCAUUCUUUCGAAUUUCAUCAGUUAAAUAGCUGACUUCUUUAGUGAGAAAUAUUCUAAGUGUGCCGUUCAAAAUUUCGCUGCACACAGGUGUGACGCGGCACACUGCAUGGUUGAGAAUCACUGAUUUAGACAUUUAUUCACAUGACAAGCCUAUAAUAAACUAUCUAGACGAUAGGAUGGCAAAUUCAGACUGAUUCAAAACUUCAAACAGUGAUAACUACGUCUACAAUAAAGUAAUUUGAAUGAAAUUUUCAAUAUAUUCAUUCAGCAAUAUCUAUUUUUGAACAGCUCUUUAUCUCAAUCUCACAUAAUGCAUCGCUUGAAUAAAAAUUUGUGUGAAUGGAUUACAAGCCAUUAUGACAGUAAGGUAAUGUGUUAUAAACAUUUUGAAUGUACAUGUGCUUGCCUAUUUUUUAUAUUUACAAUCCAAGGAUUAUCAUUUAUUUGUUUCGACAUUAA